UAUAAAUUUCAGAUCGCAAUAUGGUACGGAUCCCUUUGCUUUUGGGGGUCAUCUUCCUGUGCUCGGCGCAGGCUCAAAAUAGCCAAGCUCCCCUCCAACUGUCGGUGGGAAAUCCUCUAACCGCUCUCACAGCACCGACGGCUUUUCAGAGUGGCGUCACUCACAUCCAGGCCAUGCGAAGCAACUUUGAAGAGGAUGUCCUUAUCAGCAUUUCGCAGGGUGUCCAGGAGUUUGCCCUCGAUCUCCUGCAGCGCAUAUCCGUCGAGGUGGAGAGGCUGAACAGGGACUUUAUGAUAUCGCCCUUCUCCGUGUGGUCACUCCUGGUGCUCCUGUACGAAGGAUCCGAGGGAGAGACCUACAACCAGUUGCGACAGGCCCUGCGGAUCAAUGUGGAGGAUGAAAAGCUGCGUGGAGCCUACAAGGUGUGGAGCUCCUUUCUCAAUACAACCACUCCAACUAUCGAGGUGGCCACCCUGCAGGCCAUUUACACCGGCAAGGACUAUCCCAUCAAGAGCAACUAUCGGAAUGCCAUUCAGAACUACAAUGUGCAGCCCGUGGAGGUGGACUUCAAUAGCCCGGAUUCCGUGCUGGAGAUCAACGAUGCCACAAAGCGCAUCACCCGAGGUCUAAUUCCACACACCGUUCUGCCUCAGGACAUUUAUGGAGCCAGGAUGUUUCUGCUGUCCUCCCUCUACUUCAAAGGCCAGUGGAAGUUCCCCUUCAACAAGACUCUGACGAGAGAGGAGCCCUUCUUCAGCGAGAGCGGCGAGGUGAUCGGCAAAAUACCCAUGAUGGUGCAGGAAGCGAACUUCGCCUAUGUCUCCAACAUCGAGGGUCUGGAUGGCUACGUCCUGGAGCUGCCCUACGGCACCCAGGACCGACUGGCGAUGCUCGUGGUGCUGCCCAAGCGGGGAUUCAAGUUGAACGACGUGGCCAACAAUCUGAAGACUCUGGGACUGCGACCCAUUCUUCAGAAGCUGGCGGCCUUCAGGAACAGGGACACCGAGGACAACGAAGUGGAGGUCAUGAUGCCCAAGUUCAUCACUACCACGGACUUUACACUCAAGGGAACGCUAAUCAAGAUGGGCAUUCGGGAUCUGUUCGACGAGAGUGCCGCCAACCUGAACCGCAUGUCCUCCGGAUUGUUCGCCAAGCUGAUCGUCCACUCCACCAAGAUCAUCGUGGACGAGCAGGGAACUACGGCGGGAGCUGUCACAGAGGCUUCGCUGGUCAACAAGGCCACCCCACCCAAGUUCCAGCUGAACAGGCCCUUCCAGUACAUGAUCGUGGAGAAGGCCACCGGCCUGAUGCUCUUCGCCGGCCAAGUUCGGAACCCCAAGGCGGUUUAGAGAUCUGAGCCUGACUUUACUCGCAUACCACAAUAAACACGUUACGUUAAGUCAA